AUGUCACAUACUUGUGACACUUGUGACAAGCUAUUCCCUAUUCGAGCAAGCAAUCACAUUUCACAUCGAACGGAAGCCCAGAAUAUAUUUUCUUCUGUCCGUUAGAGAAAACUAAAUAUAUAUUUGGUGGUAAUGGAGCUGUCCCAACUGGAGAAACUGUACAACUACCGCAGGUCACCUAGCGAACUGGGCGAGGAAGCUGCUGGCACGCCAUGGAGCUGCAGCUACCGCCUGCAGCUGCUGUUCCAUUGGAUAGCAUCCUUGGAUGUGCCCAUGCUGGAGGACGAGACACCGCCGCCCAGUUUCUACUUCGAUUUGAUGCAGGACAAAGCCGUUGAACUGGGCCGCAGUAUCCACAGCGGAAAGCUUCUCGUAACGCUCGGUAGUCAGACAGAAGAUGGUGUUGAGCCGCAGCCGGAAGUUCUGGAACUAUCAACACCUGGAGCUGUGCCAGCCGCACAAUGUCAUGUCGGAUCUGGUGGUGUGGUACCACUGCCAAUGUUGAUGGAAAUCGGAACUGGCCCCGACUUGGAGCACGUUGAUGAAGUACCGCUUCGCAUAGCAGGUACCGAUUUGGCGCACAUUCCAACCAUGGUAGACAUGGGAACUGGACCCGAGCCCAAUCCGAUUCCGACGGCCGUAGACUUGCCACAUGGAAACCGGCGCCCAUCGAGCUGCGAAUCGGUUUCCGCCGUGUUGAUGAAGACGGUCCUCGCACUGUCCCUGCUGCACGCCCUCUAUGUCCUGUCGUUGAUCACCUACGAGGCGUACUUCGAGGUUAUGCCAGUGACUCAGACGUCGUCGAUCGAGGAGACGCCUCCAUUCCUGUUCGCAGGCCUUUGGCAAUUUAUUGUCGCUAUGCUGGCGGACCUGCGAGCCCUAUUGCCCUAA